UCAACGAAGAAGAAAAGUAAACUGCAACAUGGCGACUCCCAUGCAUAGAAUAAUAGCAAGGAGGCAAGCGGAGGCAAACAAACAAAAUGUUCGUUGCCAGAAGUGUUUGGAGAUGGGACACUGGACAUAUGAAUGCACAGGGAAGCGGAAAUAUGUACACAGACCUUCACGAACAGUUGAGUUAAAAAAGAAACUAAAGGAGAAUGAAAAUAAACCCCUCAGCAUCACCGGACCUGGAAGUGACGGCUCUGUUGAGAAGAAGAUAAAAAAGAAGGUUAAAGACUCCAGCGACAGCAGCAGUGAUUCAGACGGCUCCUCCAGUGACUCAUCGUCAGACAGCAGCGACUCCUCCAGCUCCUCUUCAGAUGACAGCGACAGCAGCAGUGACAGCGACGAUGACAGCUCUUCCUCAUCUUCCUCUUCCUCCUCCUCCUCUUCAUCCUCCAACAGCUCAGACUCAGAAAGCAGUGAUUCUGAUCAAGGGCCUCCAAAAAAGAAGAAAAAGAAGAAAUGAACAGUUUACUGCAAAUUUGAAUGGUUUUUUUUGUUCCUUUUGUGUUUCCAGAGGUCAGUUUCUAGCUUUCCACAACUUGUUUACCAUCAGUUUCACCAUACUUGAUUGGAUCUGAAGGGUCCUUUUUUGAGCUGCAAAUCUCAUAGCUGUAUUAUGUUUAUACAGUCCUACAAAAUGGAUAGUAGAAAGAUUUUAAAAUUUCAUUUUGUGUCAUAUUUUUUCAGGACAUAAUUUCCUCUAUACCUCUAUUAAUGUGACAUUUUCUUAAGUUUGUAGACCUACUGUGGAUUUGCAUUUUAAAUCUCUGAGCAAACUAAUGUUCAUAUUCUUGUUGAAUUAGUGAUUUUGUACUAAAGUAUAUUUUGUAGUCAAGCUUGUUCAGUACAGCUAACAGCCGAAAAAAAAAGAGCAGUAAACACAUAAAACACCAACGUGACAAUUUGAACACAACGUGACAAAGAGAAAUGCUGUUUCAAAAAAUUACAUUUGUCUGAAAUUCAGCAAUUUUGUUGCUUUGAAUUUUUUUUAACUGUAAAAUAAACUUGUUUGUGUUAAAAGUCUA